AUGCGGACGAAGACCAAUGAAGAAGCAGCAUGGGACACACCUGGGCCGGGUUAUAAGGCUUAUAAGGCAGAGCAGCAGCAGUCAGAAGCCUUCUUGGUCUGGAUCUUUGGGGACAGCUACAACCUCAUCACAGCAGUGAAGGAGAACCUGCACCACCUCCACCUGCAGCAGCGCUCAGAGAUGCAGGUGGAAGGGAGUACAACCACAAAGACCUUGGUGUUUCCCACUGAGACGAGUACCAGUUUUGUUGAGAUGGUCCCUCUGAAGCCCUUGAGCCUGAGGGCCUUCACCCUGUGCAUGCGUGUGGCCACGGAGCUCAGUGGGGAGCGAGAGAUCAUUCUGUUUGCCUACCGGACUGCAGACUAUGAUGAGCUGAAUGUGUGGCGUGAACUGGACGGCAGAUUGUCCUUCUACCUGGCUGGAGAGGGUGUUCUCUUCUCAGUCCCUGAGCUCGGAUCCCUAGAGACCCACCUUUGUUUCACCUGGGAUUCCACUUCAGGUGCGGCUGCCUUAUUUAUGAAUGGGAGGAAAAGCUUGACCAAAAUUUACAAGAAGGGUCACUCUGUCAGAUCCAACGGCAAGGUUCUGAUUGGACAAGAUCCAGAUAGCUACUUGGGGGAUUUUGACGCCAAACAGAGUUUUGUUGGGGAGAUCUGUGACAUUAAUAUGUGGGACUCUGUCCUCUCAGCCAGCACCAUCCAAGAUAUGUACUCCGGGAAGACAGUGUCAAGAGGAAAUGUUUUUGACUGGGAAACCGCACAGCUCAAUGUUAAUGGAGAGGUAGAGGUUAUUACUCGUGAGCUGUACACAGCAAAAUCUGUAUUGUUGUUUUUUCAGUGUUAAUAAAUUUCGAGUCGGUGGGUGUUGA